AUGAAAACAUUUAAUAAUAUUUUAUUUUAUCACGAAUAUCUUCCAUAUAAUAGAAACAUUAGAAACAAGACCACCUUUUACUCUCCAAUCAAAUCUCAAUUUCAAGGAAAAAAAGAAGAAAUUGAUUCAACCAAAUUUUCAAAAUAUAAAUUAUUAAAUUUUAAUUAUGUUCAAAGUGUAAAUUCAUAUCUACUUCCAUUAGAAUCAAUAUUUAAAACUUUUAAAAAUAUUAAACAAAUAAAAUUAUCACUAUUCUUACUUCCAAUUGAAAUUGUAUUAGAUAGUAUAAAAACAAUUUUAAAAUAUCAAACAAAAAAUGAACUUUCAUUUUAUUUAGAAUAUGAAACUAAAAAACUACCAGAUUCAGUGGAUUCAUUAAUUAUGGAGGAAUCCACUAGUAAAGAAUUUUAUUAUUGUGAUUAUUUACUAUUUAAAGCACCAAACAUUUAUAAACAAAAAAUGUUUAGACAAUUGAAAUUUAUCGAGUUAAUGAAUCCAAUAAAAUUACAUCUAAAAUCAUCACAUCAUUCUUUUACAAAAGAAUUUUUCAAUGGUUGCAAUACAUUGAAAAGCUUUAUUUUUGGUGGUGAUUUUUUGGAAUUACAAUCUUUAAAUAUGGCAAUUGAAUCAUCAAGUUUAAUAGAAACCAUUAAAGCAAAGUUCUUAUUUCAUGAUUUACAUUAUCAUUUAGAAGAUCCAACGUUUGUUAAUGGAACUCAAUUAGAACCACUAUAUCGAUUCAUUUCCAUAAAUAAUAAUAAUAAUAAUAAUAAUAAUAAUAAUAAUAAUAAUAAUAAUAAUAAUAAUAAUAAUAAUAAUUUAUGUAAUUCAAAUUUAUAUUCAAGUUUUUUUAAUUCACUUGAAUUAAAUAGUUCAUUAACAAAGUUAGUAAUUUCAAAUUGGAGUUUUGAAAAUGAAACACCAGGAUUAAUAGAUUCACUUUGUAAUAAUAAAUCAAUUAUAAACCUAUCACUAACUAAUGGUGCAUUAAGAGGUGAUAUAGAUUUACCAUUAGUUUCUAAAUUAUUAAUAUCAUCAAGUACAAAUAGAAUUUUUAUAUUAAAUAUAUCAUUUAAUUAUUUCACUGAUAUUGAUAAUUUAAUUAAAAUUAUUAAUGAUUCAGAACCAAAUUUAAAUAGAUUAUUAAUUUUAAAAAUUAAUGGUUUUUGUCAAUAUUCAAUGCUUGAUAAUUUAACAAUAGUACGACCACAGGUUAAAACAAAAAAUGAUAUCAAUAAAACUUGUCAAUUUGAAUUAAAAAUUGUCAAAAAUUAA